AUGGGGGAAGUCCAUUUCCUGCACCAGAAGAAGUGCGAGUGCCGCUUCCUCAAGGGGACCCAGCGGGUGAGAUACCUGGACAGGCACUUCUACGACCGGCAGGAGUUUCUCCGCUUCGGCAGCGACCUCGGGAAGUUCGUGGCCGUCACGGAGUUUGGGAAGGUGGAUGCGGACAAUUGGAACAGGAAUCAGCAGCUCCUUCAGUACCAGAAGGCCGGAGCGCAUUACCUCUGCUGGUACAACUAUACAACUGGGAUGGAACCCGCUUCCCCCAACACCAUCCUCCUCUGCACCACGACGGGCUUUUACCCCGUGAAGAUCGAGAUCCAGUGGCUGAAGAACGGGCAGCCAGAGAAGGAGGGCGUGGCUUUUGGGGAGGAGCUCCAGAACAGAAACUGGACCUACCAGCUCCAGGUGAUACUGGAGACCCAGCCCAGUUGGGGGGAGCUCUAUACUUGCAAGGUGGAGCAUGCCAGUCUUGAGACCCCCAUCACCAUUCAGUGGGAGCCCUGUUCCUCCAGCUCCACCAGGAGCAAACUCUGGACAGGGACCGUUGGGGCUAUGAUAGGCGUGGCCUUCCUGGCUGUGGGGCUCUUCUCCUACCUGAAGAGCAAGAGAAUGGAUGCCAAGUUUUUGGAAGCUGUCCAGACGUUGCUGGCCUGGCUGGAGAGGGGGGAAGUGAACCGUCGGACUGCCAACAGCUUCUACACUAUGGUCCAAUCGGUCAACAGCCACAUCCGCCGGCUGAUGAAUGAAAAAGCGGCCCAUGAUAAGGAAAUGGAGGAAGCCAAGGAGAAAUUGAAACUGGCUUUGUCGGGGAUUCUUGCUCAGUUCGAGCAGAUCGUGGCCGUGUACCAUUCCGCCUGCAAACAAAAGGCCUGGGACCAUUUCACGAAAGCGCAGCGUAAGAACAUCAGCGUGUGGUGCAAGCAAGCAGAGGUGGUUUUAGUUUCACAAACAGAAGCGUUGAAGGAGGAAAACAACAGCUUACGGUGCCAGCUGGAUGCCUACCGAAAUGAAGUCGAGCUCUUGAAGCAGGAGCAGGGCAGAGCAGGGCGCGAAGAUGAACCCAGCAAGGACCAGCAGCUGAAAAUCCUCCAGCAGACUUUGCAAGGAAUGCAGCAGCAUCUCCACAAACUGCAGGAGGACUGUGAAAGAAGAGAAGCUGAAUUGGAAAAAGCAAAAGAAGAAAAAUUACAGCUUGACAAAUUGCUUGAGAGACUCAAGGAAAAGGGCAGUGACUUGUCAAGCAUUUGCUCAAAGAGUCCAGAGAAGAAAAGACUGCUUGAAAAAGGACUUCACUGCAACCCUUUAAGAUUGGAGAGGGAAGCUUUACUAGUGGGGAUCAUCUCAACUUUUCUGCACGUUCAUCCUUUUGGGGCAAGCAUCGAAUACAUCUGUUCUUACCUUCAGCGCCUGGACAGUAAGAUUUGCGCCACAGAAGUGGAAAACCUCAUGACACGACUCCAGCAUACUUUCAAACAAGAGAUGAACGGGGUGGGAGCGAGCCUCGAGAAGAGAUGGAAAUUUUGUGGUUUUGAAGGAUUGAAGACUAUAACCUGAACAGGAAUCCAGGAAUCCUUUGAACUCUUAAUAGAAUGUGCAAUAUUUGCAGUACGCAUAGAUACAUUUCCUUUUUGGGAAAGCCAGUCCUUGAACUGCAUCAAGAAAAUUGGGGGUCAGUUUUUAAGGACUGUAAGAUUGUGGACGUUUUAUUUAUUUGUUCAUUAUCCAAACAAGCCUUUUUUCAAAGGACUGUCAUGCACAACUUUGGGAGGGAACUACUGACCCUAUUCUUUGGAUCUUUGAUACUUUUUACAACUCACGUUGGCUAAAAGCAUUUUAAUAAUUUCUUUGAACAUGACACACUCAGGCCUCUGUUUAAUGUUUUUACCACCGAGAGCAGCUAAAAGAAAAUACAAUACAAUAAAACAUUCAAUAAUGGCA